AUGAAGUUCUCCUCCGUCGCUAGCGUGGUUGCCCUUGCCGCUUCCGGUGCCAAAGCCGCCGCCAACUCUGAAGAAGUUGACUUUUUGACCAAGUUGGUUAGUGAUUAUGACGACAACAAGAAACAGUACCUUAACUUUGCUAAGACUGCCACAGACAUGCCAAAGGACCUCACAAAGUUGGCCUUGGCUGUCAACACAUACAAGGACGACUCAUACACCACCCUUUUGGAGGACUCUGACAUUGACGUUUCCUCCUUGAUGAACUAUGCUUCUGAGUUGCCAUGGUACUCGAGACUUGAAAAGGGCGCCUCUGCCUCGGGCUCUGGCUCUUCUGGUUCUUCUGGAAGCACCAGCGCCGGUGGAGCUGGCUCUGCCCUUGUUGCCCCUGUUGGUGCUGCCCUCGGUGCCGUUGCCCUUGCCUUGAUGUAA